AUGGCGGCCGCCGCUGCAUCCGCUGAGCUCAACCCGAGCAACAGCUCGAAGAACACCCUCAAGCUCGAAAAUGUUGACUUGCCCCUCCCUCUCCAUCGCAUGCACCCGACCGAGAAGCGUGACAACUUGAUCGCAAUUGAGAAGAAGUACCAGGCACAAUGGAAGGCCAACAAGGUUUUCGAAGUCGACGCCCCCUCCUUCGAUGAGGUGCCCCAAGGCUCCAUGACCCCCGCCGAGAUGCGCGAGAAGCACCCCAAGUUUUUCGGAACAAUGGCCUAUCCUUAUAUGAAUGGAACUCUUCACGCCGGUCACGCCUUCACUGCCAGCAAGGUCGAGUUCAUGACUGGUUUUGCCCGCAUGGAGGGCAAGCGUGCCCUGUUCCCUCUUGGAUUCCACUGCACUGGUAUGCCCAUCAAGGCUUGUGCGGAUAAGCUGCGCGACGAGGUCAAGCUCUUUGGCCAAAAUUUCGAAGGAUACAGCGAGGAGGAGGCCGCCGCUCCCGCCGCUCCCACUCAGGAGUCUAAGCCAGAGGCUAAGGAGCAAGCCGAGAAGUUCUCCGGCAAGAAGAGCAAGGCCGCUGCCAAGACCGUCAAGAUGAAGUACCAGUUCCAGAUCAUGCUGGCCAUUGGUGUUCCACUGGAGGAUAUUCACAAGUUUGCCGAUGCCAACCACUGGCUGCAACACUUCCCGCCCCUUGCCAUCCGUGAUCUCGACAGCAUGGGCGCUCGAGUCGACUGGCGCCGUCAAUUCGUCACUACCGAUGCCAACCCGUACUACGACGCUUUUGUGAGAUGGCAGAUGAACCGCCUGCACGAGCUCAACAAGAUUAUGUACGGCCAAAGAUACACCAUCUACUCCCCCAAGGAUGGCCAGCCUUGUAUGGACCAUGAUCGAACUGAGGGUGAGGGUAUUGGUCCCCAGGAAUACACUGCUCUGAAGCUUCAGGUCAAGGAGUGGUCACCCAAGGUUGCUGAACUUGUCAAGGCUAGCAACGUCGAAGAUGACGCGAAGGUAUACUUCGUGCCCGCAACUCUUCGCCCUGAGACCAUGUAUGGUCAGACAAAUUGUUUUGUUGGCCCUAAGGUUACUUACGGCCUGUUCAAACUGAAGGAGAAGGAAUAUAUCGUCGUGACUAAGCGUGCUGCUUGGAACAUGGCUUUCCAGGGCCACUUUUUCAGCGAGUUCCCCAAGUCCCAGGACGAGCUGCCUCUUGUCUUCGAGGCCCCCGGUUCCGACUUUGUCGGUACCCUGAUUAAUGCUCCCCUGUCCUUCCACACUGAGGGUGUAUACAUUCUGCCCAUGGAUGGCGUCUCUGCUACCAAGGGUACCGGUGUUGUGACUUCCGUUCCCUCUGACAGCCCUGACGACUAUGCCACUCUCAUGGACCUGAUCAAGAAGGCUGACUUCUACGGCAUCAAGAAGGAGUGGGCCGAGAAGGAGAUCCACCCCCUUAUCGAGACCCCUACCUACGGUAACCUGACUGCCCCCACUCUCGUUAAGCAGCUGAAGAUCAACUCCCCCAAGGAUGUUACCCAGCUGGCUCAGGCCAAGGAGCUUGCCUACAUGGAGGGUUUCUAUAAGGGAACCAUGAUUGUUGGCGAGUUCAAGGGUGAGCCUGUCAGCGCUGUUAAGGACAAGAUCCGCAAGUCUCUCAUUGAGAGUGGUGAUGCCUUCCCCUUCGCCGACCCCAUGGGCAAGGUUGUCAGCCGCAGUGGCGACGACUGUGUUGUUGCUUACCUCGGCCAGUGGUUCCUGAACUACGGUGAGAACGAUGCCGAGUGGCAGAAGGAGACAUUAAAUCACGUCCUGCACAACUUGAACACCUACUCCAACGAGACAAAGAAUGGUUUCGAGAAGAACCUGUCGUGGCUGAACCGCUGGGCCUGUGCCCGAACUUACGGUCUCGGUUCCAAGCUGCCUUGGGAUCAACAAUUCCUGGUCGAGAGUUUGAGUGAUAGUACCGUCUACAUGGCUUACUACACUAUCGCUCAGCUUCUGCACGGUGACCGGUACGGCAAGACUACUGGUCCCCUGGGCGUUACUGCUGACCAGAUGAUCGACGAGGUGUGGGACUAUAUCUUUACUCGUCGUGAGAUUAGCGACGAUCUCAUCUCCAAAUGUGGCAUUUCCAAGGAGGCUCUGCAAAAGAUGCGCCGCGAGUUCGAGUACUGGUACCCUCUUGACGUCCGUGUCUCUGGCAAGGAUCUCAUCCAAAACCACUUGACUUUCUUCCUUUACAUUCACGUUGCUCUAUUCCCGCCCGAAGUCUGGCCAAGAGGUGUGAGGGCUAAUGGACAUCUUCUACUCAACGGUGAGAAGAUGAGCAAGAGCACUGGUAACUUCCUGACUCUGAAGGAUUCUGUGGAGAAAUAUGGUGCUAUUGCAACGCGCAUAGCCUUUGCAGACGCCGGAGAUUCCAUCGAAGAUGCUAAUUUUGAGGAGAGUGUUGCCAACAGCAACAUUCUGCGUCUGCACACUCUGAAGGACUGGAUUCAGGAGGUUGUCAACGACGAGUCCCUGCGUACCGGCCCGGCCGAUGCCUUCGCUGACAAGCUCUUUGACAACGAGCUGAACAGCCUGGUCCGUGAGACAGAGAAGCACUACCAAAACACUGAUUUCAAGCUCGCCCUGAAGUCUGGUCUGUAUGACUUCACCAGCGCUCGUGACUCCUAUCGUGAGGCAGCCAUUGCCGCCGGCAUUGCGCUCAUGUUGGCCCCAAUUGCCCCGCACUGGUCCGAGUACAUCUGGCUUGAGGUUCUCAAGAAGCCCGAGACUAUUCACUUUGCCAGGUUCCCUGUUGUGCCCGAGCCCUCUCACGAACUCUCCGCUGCCCAGGCUUACGUCCGCGGCACUGCAUCCAACAUCCUGUCUUCCGAGGGUAGCUUCGCUAAGAAGUUGUCCAAGGGCAAGGCCUCAGCCUUUGACCCGCGCAAGCCCAAGAAGCUCACCAUCUUCGCCGCCAAGAAGUAUCCCGCCUGGCAAGAGAAGUACAUUGACCUCGUCCGCGAUGCUUUCGAUACCCUGAACAUUUCGUUCAACGACAAGGAACUCAACGCCAAGGUCGGCAAGCUUGGUGAGAUGAAGAAGGCCAUGCCUUUCGUUCAAACCCUCAAGCGCCGCCUGGUGAAUGGCCGCGAGUCCCCCGAGAACGUCUUUGAGCGCAAGCUGCCCUUCGACGAAUUCGCCGUUCUUGCUGAGAUGCUUGACGGUCUGAAGCGUACCUCGGGCUACAAGCUGGUCGAGGUUAUUGCCGUUGACGAGGGUGGCAAGACUGGCGAGGUUGUUGGUACUGGCGAGAAGCGUGAGGGUCUUCAGGCCGAGAAUGCUGUGCCUGGCCAGCCUACCUUCAUCUUCUCUAACGUUGAGUAG